UACACAGGCCCGCGCGGCGUGCGCGCCGUGAAGCCCCGCCGCCUCUCCGAGCCCGAGCUGCCCGCUGCGCGGCGACUGCGCGGCCCGCGGCCCAGCCAGCCGCCCGCCAUGUGGAGCUGCAACCUCAACGGCACGGGCGGCGAGGACCCGCUCCCCUGCCAGCACGCCCAGCGGGCGCUGUCCGCCCUGUCCCUGCUCUACCUGCUGGUGGGCGUGCCCCUCGGCCUCGGCCACAACGCGCUGCUGCUGCUGGCCAACCUGCAGGACCCGGGCGGCAUGACCAUGCCCGACGUCUACUUUGCCAACAUGGCCGCGGCCGGCCUGCUGCUCAGCGCCCUGGCGCCCGCGCACCUGCUGGGCCCCGGCGCGCUCGGCUGGGCCGUGUGGGACCUGGGCGGCGAGGCCCACGUCACGCUGCGGGUGCUGUUCAACGUGGCGGCGCUGGUGGCCCUGUACUCCACGGCGCUGCUGGGCCUCGACUGCUACAUCGAGCGGGCGCUGCCGCGCACCUACAUGUCCAGCGUCUACAACACCCGGCACGUGUGCGGCUUCGUGUGGGGCGGCGCCCUGCUCACCGGCUUCUCCUCGCUGCUCUUCUACGUCUGCAGCCACGUGGCCGCCAGGCUCGCCGAGUGCGCGCAGAUGCGGCACACGGAGGCUGCCGACGCCAUCAUGCUGCUCAUCGGGUACCUGGUUCCCGGCCUGGCCGCACUCUACGCGCUCGUGCUCCUCAUGCGCGUCCGGAAGGAGGACACGCCGCUCGACCGGGACGCGGGCCGGCCAGACCCCUCGGUGCACAGGCUCCUGGUGGCCACUGUGUGUGCGCAGUUCGGGCUCUGGACGCCCCACUACCUGACGCUCCUGGGGCACACGGUCCUGGCCGCGCGGGGGAGGCCAGUGGAUAGGCACCACCUGGGGACGCUGCUGCUCGCCAAGGACCUGUCCAGGUUCCUGGCCUUUGCCAGCAGCGCCGUGGUGCCGCUUCUUUACCGCCACAUCGACAGAAGCUUCCCCGGCAAACUCCGGCGGCUGAUGAAGAAGCUGCACCGGGGGCAUGAGAGCUGCUCCCUGGACCAGACAGGGCCGCAGCCGGCCACGGCCUAGACGCUGCUCCACGCACCUCGUGGGACCGGAGGGACGGCCCACGGUGAUCGGGUGCCCUGUGCCCACCACUUGCUCCCUCCCUCCCGGGUCUGGCAUCCAGCCGACGUGCUGGCACCGUCACCUGCUCCCUGCCAGCCUCCCUCCAAGCGAUCAGGCAGGACCAGGUGCAUCCCCUGUGUCCUCCCACAAAAGGCCACCCUCAGGCCAAGGCUAUGAUGUCAGAGCAGCAGGUGCCGGGGUGAGGUCGAGCUGUGCCAUCAGGGUGCCCGGCCGCCCUCGGGUGUGUGCCGUCUCCCACGUGCACCUUUCAGGUCCACGCCCAUGACAGCCUGCUUCCCCUCAGCCUACAUCGGCUUUCAAAUGAAGUGAUGAAAUCUA